AUGGAUCGUGAUUCUCUAGUGUACAAGGCCAAGCUUGCCGAACAGGCGGAGCGCUUCGAUGAAAUGGUAACGGACAUGAAGGACGUUGCCCGUCAGCCGCAGGAGCUCACCGUUGAAGAGCGCAACCUGCUUUCGGUGGCCUACAAGAACGUGAUUGGCUCUCGACGUGCUUCGUGGCGUGUCGUCACGUCCAUCGAACAGAAGGGCGAUCCCGACAAGAUGACCAUCAUCAAGGACUACAAGGCCAAGAUUGAAGCCGAACUCGUCGAGAUCUGCAACGACAUCCUCGGAAUUAUCGAGGACUCGCUCAUCCCCAAUUCGACUUCGGAAGAAGCCAAGGUCUUUUACUACAAGAUGAAGGGUGACUACCAUCGUUACUUGUCCGAGUUCCAGGUAGGAGAUACCCGCAAGGAAUCCGCGGGUGCCGCUUUGGAUGCCUACCAGGCCGCUAGUGGCAUUGCUUCUUCCGAUCUUCCCCCCACCCACCCCAUCCGUUUGGGACUGGCGCUUAACUUUUCGGUCUUUUAUUACGAAAUCCUCAACUCUCCCGACAAGGCCUGCCAGAUUGCCAAGCAAGCGUUCGACGACGCCAUUGCCGAACUCGAUACACUCAACGAAGAAUCUUACAAGGACUCGACGCUGAUCAUGCAGCUCUUGCGCGACAACUUGACGCUGUGGACCAGUGAUCAAGCCGACGGCGACGAAGGGGCUGAACCCGCCGAC